AGGCAUACAUUCGUAUGUAUGUGUGUAUAUGUACAUAUGUUCCGAUCGUCUCCGAUCAGCUGCUCAGAUCCACCUCGUCAUCCAACCGCACAGCCAACGGAAUCUCCGGUUUUCAAUAUUUAACUUGCCUAUUGGAAAAACUAAAUAAUACGUACAUAUUUGGAUACCGUCGCAUACUAUUAUUAACUAUGUGUUGCUUAUCAAUAAAUACUCAAAUUAAUAACAAUGUGAAGAAAGUGAAAUAUAUCCAAAUCCAUAGUCCAACUGUUAUUUCAAUAUAAAGCAUUUAAUAAGUACAUCACCAACAACGGUUUGAUCAAAAAUCAUGCUGAGCAAAUCAUGCAGUGGUUGGAAAAAAUACAAAACUCAAGAUCAAGACCAUAGAAUCUUAAAAACAGAUAACACCUUAAAAGAAAAAACUGCUCAAAACCACUCAAAUUCAGGUGAUAUUCAUAUAAUAAUACACCCCAACGAAAUCGAAUUUCCUUGCAUAUUUUUUUGUGACUACAGAACAAAAAGAACCGAACGAAUGAUUAUCAUUAAAGGUUCAAAAUGUAAAUUCCAUAUCAACUUAUGUGUUGCGAUUGCAGUGAUUUUAGUCUUAGCGGCUGCACGGAGUUCUUAUGCUGAGACGGAAAUCAAAAGGCUUCCUAAUUCUUCCAACGUGAAUAUUAGUGAGGACAUUUCUUUGUUGAGUAACGAAAAAAAUAUUAAUACAAACGUACUUUAUCAAAAGAAUGACUCUUCUUCGAUAUCUGCGGAGGAAAAGAAAAAUGAAAAUACGGCAUUAUUCCAAAUAAAAGUACAAAGUAAGCUGGGAAAAAAAAGUUCCUCUUUACCAAAGGUAUCAGUUUCAGGAAAUUUUACAAGAGUUCAAGGCGUAUCUAUGUAUCGCAAUACCUUACUCAAUCUAGAAAGUAUAUUACAACGUCAAUUGCGUGAGAAAGCCAAAGUGGACAGUUUAGAGUCAAUUAAAAUGCACAUACUUAUGCGAUUGAAUUUAAAAACUCUUCCCAAUAUUACGAAACCAGUAUCAGUACCACAAAAUAUAAUAGAUAACUUUUAUAAAGAUUUUAAUACAUCCUCGAAAAAUAAUGUUUGGAGCCGCACGGCGAAUACAGACGAAACUUAUUUAUUGCCAAAAUCAACAGCAUCAGAAAAUAUUAAACAAAAUGAUACACAUGACAACGAAAGCGCGUCUAAAUUCUUUGAUGAAAGUUUGUCCUCUCAAAUGCAAGGAGAUGACGCUAACACAGUUAAUGAAUUUCAAUUAACGCAUGGAAUAGAUUUCAAUAAAAAUAAAGAUAAAAAAGUUCAUAUUCCCAAUAAUAACAACGGAGAGGAAUACGAAAGUAUUCUAUCACACAUAAGCAGCAUAUACAUAUUUCCUGAACAAAAUCCACCUCAUGUCCGUCACAACCGCAAGGCCGAUAUUUUUCGUUUUAAAAUUGAUAGUAGUUAUUCGGAAUUAUCUUACGCUACACUUCAUUUAUAUUUACGUGGUUGGGAAUGGAUAAACAGUCACCAGCCGGAACUCAUUGAAGAGAUUAAAAACCAGCCUAGUAAAGAUAUCGUUGUAACUAUUCACCGUGCUGUAGAGCGCACAAAUACUUCAAGUUUUAACAAUAAAGUCAAAAUAUUCGAGUUUCGACAAAAUAUUCCUAUGGGACUUGGCCAAUGGGUUAACAUUGAUUUGAAAUCUCUAUUUGGUGAUCUUGGUUCAAAUAAUACGCAGGAAAUUCUUAUAAAGGGCGCAGAAGCCUGGAUGAAGUCAUUAGUAGUGACAACUGACAACACAUCAAAAAGCCCAUUGACAGUUCAUAUUGAAAUCGGUUCUCAAAAAAAGCAUCGGAGAAAGCGCAGCGUUUAUAUGGACUGCACAGAGAAUGAUCAUGACAUGCGAUGUUGUCGUUAUCCACUUAAAGUAAAUUUCACCAGCUUCGGAUGGCAUUUUGUGGUAGCACCAACGUCUUUCGAUGCAUACUUUUGCAGUGGCGAUUGCAAAGUUGGUUAUCUUGAGCAAUAUCCCCAUACGCACUUAGCAGCUUUAACGACUUCGGCAACACCAUGUUGCUCACCAACAAAAAUGAGUUCCUUAAGUUUGUUAUAUUUUGACGACAACCAUAAUCUGGUGUUAAGUGUUAUACCAAAUAUGUCUGUUGAGGGUUGCAGUUGUUCCUAGUGAACUAAUUUAAGACAACUCAAAAGUUUUCUGUUGAUAACAUACAACUAAUAAAUAAUUUUAUGUAAAUAAAUACACACCGGCGAUAAUUAUACGAAUGGAGAAAAUCCCCAGAUCUUACCUAAAAAAUAUGUUUAACCGACGAAAUCGCAUUACAUGCUUUUAUGGCAUAUUUACUAUAUUAAUAUAAAAGUGUCAGUUAAAAAGACACAAGUUGUUCUGUUAACUAUGGUAUUUUGGAGUACAUCCUUACUUUAGCUCAUGAGAUAUGAAAACAAACAAAAAUGUUUGAUUAUGUAUUAAACUUUGCCUAUAUGGUGAAAUAUACUCCUUAAACUAAAAAAUAUAUACUUUAAAUAAAAGCUUGUAUGAUGAGA